CGAUGAAACAGUGGCUGUAUUUGACUGGGUAGAUUGGCUUGUAUAUGGAUUUGCAUUGUUGGGGUCGUUAUUAAUUGGAGUUUACUAUGGAUGUACCGGAAAGAAGCAAAGCACUACAGAUGAAGUUUUACUUGGAGGAAGAAACAUGUCGGUGUUUCCAGUGUCAUUGUCUAUCUGUGCUACUCUUAUAUCCACUGUAGCAGUUAUUGGAUUUCCGGCUGAAGUAUAUUAUCAUGGAACAAUGUUAUGGUUGAUAGUGAUUGGAAUCUCGAUUGGUUUCAUAGUAACUGCACAUGUGUAUUACCCAAUUUAUUAUGACUUGCAUAUAACAAGCAUAUUUGAGUACCUGGAACUACGAUUCAACAAGACUGUUCGAAUCAUGGCAGUGAUAACAUAUUCAUUUCAAAUUCUGGUUUUCAUUUCCGUUCAGCUAUAUGCAUCAUCAAUUACACUUAGCCAAGUGAGUGGAAUUCCUUUCUGGGGAACAGUGAUACUCAACGGUUUGGUCUGCAUGCUGUAUACGUCAUUAGGUGGUAUGAAAGCAGUGCUCUGGGCCGAUUCGUUACAACUAUGUCUUAUUUUGUGUGGAUCGCUUGCUUUAAUUAUCCAAGGCUCUGUUAACCUCGGCGGCCUGGGUCGAGUUUUUGAAAUAGCCGCUGAACAUGAUAGAAUUCAAUUCGACGAGUUUGACCCGAACCCUACAACGCGCCAUUCUGUAUGGGGUCUUACAAUUGGAAUGGGAUUUUUCCACAUAUCUUUAUUUUCAAGUAGCCAACAUUCUGUACAACGUUAUUUAACGUUGGGUACGAAAAUACGGGGUCAAGGAGCACUGUACCUGAACACGAUUUUAACAACGAUACUUGUAUCAAUAGUAAUCUUGGUAGGAAUCGUGAUGUUUGCCACAUAUGCUUCGUGUGAUCCUAUCAAACUCGGACAAGUUGAAAAGGUCGAUCAGAUGCCAGCGUAUUUAGUGGUGGACCUGUUCGGUCAUUUAAGAGGGAUGUCAGGACUGUUUAUUGUAACAGUGAUAGCAGCUGCAAUGAGCACAAUGUCUUCUGGACAAAACGCACUAGCAGCCGUGUUUUUAGAAGACAUCACAAAACCAAUUUACAAAGCAGUACAUUACAAACCAAUUCCAGAGAGAUUUGCUACGAAUAUUACUAAAUUCUUUGGAAUAUUUUUCGGGCUUACAACCAUGGUGAUUACCUUUAUACUGGCUGAUACUAAAGAGACCAUUCUGAAUAUUGCUUGGAAGUUAUUGGGUAUUCUCGGGGGACCUCUUUUUGGAAUGUUCACACUGGGGAUUCUUUUUCCUCGUGCUAAUGCAUGGGGAGUGGCUGCUGGUCUCAUCUCGAGUCUUGGUGUUUUAAUCUGGAUAAAUGCGGGUGUCCUUAUGUUUAAGAUUCGUCCAGACAAUCUUCCAACGGAUAUAUCUGGAUGUGAAAGCAUUACUUAUUUUAAUGAAACAUCGGUCGAGGCCUUCAACAUGACAACAAUUGGCUCAUCAAAUACCUCACAUUUGGAACCGCCUCCCGAGACCCUAAAUGCAAAUGCGACUGGUACAAUGCAUGAUACUGAGCCUGAGAUUUUCAACCUGUAUAGGAUAUCGUAUGUUUGGUACACACUUAUUGCGCUGAUUGUGACGCUUGUUGUCGGUCUCCCUGUAAGCCUUAUAGCUGAAUAUACAAUAGGUGGAUAUGAAGUGAAGGAUAAACGACUUAUAUGGACGCUGCCCUGCAUGAAGCAGACGUAACAUUCGAAAGUAAAAUACACACUAAAUACAAAUGACAAUAAGACUAGAAACGGGGCAAUCAAGGAUGACACGUUUAAUUCACAUAUACCACAUACCGAAGAAAUAAACAAUGGAGAAUACGAUUAUAGCACUGAACUUUGAAACAAAGUACACGUUCAAAAAGUUAAAUGAUAUUAUGUUGAAAAAUAGAUGACAUUAUUUAGUAAAAUAUUUUAUAUCCAUGGUCAGAAUACAGUCAUGGUCAGAGAUGUGCCUAGUGCAUAGUGUAUCAUAUUACUGGUGUUUCCUGACUUUCUCCCUCUAAAUAGAAUAUGCAUUUGAAAGUAACGUAUUAUACUCGGCGUCGCCAUACAAU